AAUGAUUAUACAAUAUUUUUAUAUAUAAAAGAGACUAAAAUAUGUCUGGCAAAUUAAAGGUGUCUGAAGGUGACUGGAUCUGUGACGAGGGAAGUUGUCAAAAUUUGAAUUUUGCAAGACGAAAUGAAUGCAACCGAUGCGGAAAACCUAAACAGCCGGAAGCAGUAGUUAAAAGUUCCGGUCAUGAAAUUGGAGAAAAAUUUGCAGAGAAAAGCAAAGGAUUGUUUAGUGCCAAUGAUUGGCAAUGUAGCAAGUGUGGUAAUAUCAACUGGGCAAGACGAAGUACGUGUAAUGUGUGUAAUGCACCAAAAGUUGGUCCAGACGAGCACAGGACUGGAUAUGGUGGGGGGUUUAAAGAAAACGAAAACGUAUCUUAUAAAGAAAGAGAAGAUUCUGAUGGAGAGUUUGAUGAAUUUGGUCGAAAAAAGAAAAAGUUUCGAGGAAAAGUACCUGUUGUCCAGUCCAGAAUAGAGACUCCAGAAAAGAACCAUCAGAAGGAUGAUGAAGAAGAGGAAGAAGAUGAUGAUGAUGAUGAUGAUGUAGACCUUUCAAAGUAUGAUUUAAGUGGAUCAGAUGAUGAUAGUGCACCUCCUCCAGCUCCAAAAAUUUUAAAAAGACGAGAAUCAAAGUCACCAGAGCGUUCUUCCAAACGGAGCAGUAGAUCAAAGAGCAGUAGUUCAAGUAGCACCUCAAGCAGUUCUCGAUCAAGGAGUAGAUCAAGGUCACGUUCACGCUCUCCACGUCGUCAAUCAUAUUCCCGCUCGCCACGAAGGCGUUCUGGAUCACCACGAAGACGUUCUCGCUCACCUCAGCAACAUUCACGUUCACCUAGAAGACGCUCUAGGUCACCACGAAAACGUUCUCGCUCGCCUCAUCGAAGAUAAGGGAGAUUCACUUUGUGGCAGAUUGGUAGAGUAAGAACUAUGCAAGCUGAUAAUAAAAACCCAUUAAAGCUUGCUUUAGUUAAAGGAAAUGACCCCUUCAAAUUAGAGCUACCAUAUUGCUAAUUAAGAAAGCACUUUUCUUGCCAUUUUUUGUUUUUCAAGAAAGGAAAAAAGUUGAUAGCCAUAGAUAAGUUCCUAGUUUCUAUUUUUUACCUAUAAGUUUUUUUUUCUUGGUAAGGUGUAAGGUAUGUAUCAAAAGUUUUGCCAAAUACCCAUUAAAAAUGAAAUGAAUUAAUACUCUAAUUAUUUUUCUUCUUUUUUUAGGUAAAACACAAACAGUAUGCGAGUCAGCCUAAGGCAUUGAAAAAGAGCUGUCAAAGAUUUUUUAUUGUUACUGUAGAAAACCAGUGUUCUUAUAA